AUGGACAAGUUGGAAGAAGCUAAUGUUGUCCUGGGUGAUGCAAUCAAGUACAUAGAGUAUCUGCAGCAGAGAGUGAGUGAUUUGGAGGAACUUCAAGCCGCGGAUGAGCCCUCCGAGUCGCGAGUCGAUGCCGGCAAUUAUAACAGUGGAAACGGCGAUACAUCCGACGAGCCAAAGUUUCCGAAGAUCGAGGCGCGAGUCUUCGGAAAGAAGGUGCUUCUCCAGAUCCAGUGCGAAAAGGGCAAGGGCAAUUUGGGGAAAAUUCUUGGCGAGGUCGACAAGUUCGAUUUGGCCGUCGUGAACAUUGGGGUCACGCCGUUCGGGAGUUCGGCGAUCGACAUCACGAUUAUAGCCGAGAUGGAGAAAGAGUUGAGGGUUUCUACCAAAGACCUAUUGAAAGCUCUUAGUUUGGUCCUCCAAACGGCUAACUGA